GACGGAUCAAUGGUCAAGCCGGGGGGGGGAUUUGCUCUGCCACAGGCUACUGGAAAGCAGCUUUUUGCCUCACAGACAUCCACAAAAUGCCUUAUUUUACAAGACUCAUUUUGUUCUUGUUUUGCCUGAUGGUUCUUGUGGAGAGCAGAAAGCCCAAGAGGAAGCGAUGGACAGGGCAGGUGGAAAUGCCCAAGCCAAGUCACUUAUAUAAGAAGAACCUUGAUAUGACCAAGAUCCGGAAGGGAAAGCCUCAGCAACUUCUCAGAGUGGACGAGCACGACUUCAGCAUGAGGCCUGCCUUCGGAGGCCCUGCCAUCCCAGUGGGCGUGGACGUGCAGGUGGAGAGCCUGGACAGCAUCUCCGAGGUGGACAUGGACUUCACGAUGACCCUGUACCUGCGGCAUUACUGGAAGGAUGAGAGGCUAGCUUUCUCCAGCGCCAGCAACAAGAGCAUGACCUUCGAUGGCCGGCUGGUGAAGAAGAUCUGGGUCCCUGAUGUCUUCUUUGUUCACUCCAAAAGGUCGUUCAUUCAUGACACCACCACUGACAACAUCAUGCUGAGGGUGUUCCCGGAUGGACACGUGCUGUACAGCAUGAGGAUUACGGUCACUGCCAUGUGCAACAUGGACUUCAGCCACUUUCCCCUGGACUCCCAGACCUGUUCUUUGGAGCUGGAGAGCUAUGCCUAUACAGAUGAAGAUCUGAUGCUGUACUGGAAGAAUGGGGAUGAAUCCCUAAAAACAGAUGAGAAGAUCUCCUUGUCUCAGUUUCUGAUUCAGAAAUUUCACACGACUUCCCGACUGGCCUUCUACAGUAGCACUGGCUGGUACAACCGUCUGUACAUCAACUUCACGUUGCGUCGCCACAUCUUCUUCUUCUUGCUCCAAACGUAUUUCCCCGCCACUCUGAUGGUCAUGCUGUCCUGGGUGUCCUUCUGGAUCGACCGCAGAGCUGUGCCUGCCAGAGUUUCACUGGGUAUCACGACGGUGCUGACCAUGACCACCAUCAUCACGGGCGUGAACGCCUCCAUGCCGCGUGUUUCCUACGUCAAGGCCGUGGAUAUCUACCUCUGGGUCAGCUUUGUGUUCGUGUUCCUCUCGGUGCUGGAAUACGCGGCCGUCAACUACCUGACCACCGUGCAGGAGCGCAAGGAACGGAAGCUGCGGGAGAAGUUCCCGUGCAUGAGUGGAAUGCUUCAUUCAAAAACCAUGAUGCUGGAUGGAAGCUACAGUGAGUCUGAGGCCAACAGCCUGGCUGGGUAUCCCAGAAGCCAUAUCCUGACGGAAGAAGAAAGGCAAGACAAAAUAGUGGUCCACCUGGGCCUGAGUGGUGAAGCCAAUGCUGCCAGAAAGAAGGGGCUUCUGAAGGGCCAGAUGGGUUUUCGUAUCUUCCAGAACACCCAUGCCAUUGACAAAUACUCUAGGUUGAUAUUCCCUGCCUCCUACAUAUUUUUCAACUUAAUUUAUUGGUCAGUGUUUUCCUAGGGGCUCCAAGGCUGUUCCUAGAAGAGGGCAUAGACAUCAGGGGGGCCUGGCCAGUCAUUGACAGGUGGACUUGUUGACCACACGCCCCUCACCAGACAGAGCAACAGCUACUGGACCAGCCUGAGCAGCACUCAUCUCUCAGAGGAGCCCAGGAGCCCUCCAGCUACCCUGACCCCAGACCUCGUGGGGCUACUCCUUGUUCAUGCUAUGUCUCGCGUCACACUUCACGUCUCUCUGGGACCUUCUGUUGUUGUGUGUGAACUAGUUCACAAGAACUCCCCUCCUAUAAAUAAGGACUCAAAUGCCUCCUAGACAUUCUUAGACCCUCAGGAUGCCUAGGAUUCAGCUGUGGAGGGAAAAGGAAGAACUGAAGUGCAAGCUGAGGGGCAUUCUGGAUAGGAGACAGGAAAUUAGGAACAAAAAAACCCCAUAAACCCAUACAACUGGAUUAAGUGCCUACCUAGAAGGGAAAAGAGCUCAGAUCCCAGACAGGAAAUGAUUUGCCUGUGGGAGUAUGGCAACCCACAGGAUUUUGCAAUAUUAGAGGAGAUUAUUCAUUUAGCCAUCCAUUCAACCAUUCUUUAAAUAUUGAGGUCCCACUCUGCAUCAGGUACGGUGGAAAUGAAAAAAUAGAGUCUCUUUCCUUAGAGAUCUUCUCUAAGCUGUGCUCAUUCUACAUAUGGCAUGAUGUACUUCUGCUCUUUCCCCUCCUUCAACCCCAUUUACCCCAUAGACCCAUUCUGUUUGUUGUUGCUUUUACUCUUAAGCAUAUAAGGCAGGGUCUGGGAGAGGCCAGGUCCAGAACUUUCAACUGUCCUCCUCCAGUGAAGUUACGCAGAUAGAACUAACUUUGCCCAGCAAUGAUGCGUAGCAAUGUGCAUGGAGUAUUGCCAGCCAGGGAAACUCACCCAAGCUCACCACGGUGUACGGCUUUUUUUACUGGGGUCGGUCAUGGAUUUAUGGCUGAUUGCCCACAUGGCUGACUUUAGUCUUUUGCCCCUCCAGAGGUUGAGCUGGUACCUUGAGGUCCAGGGCACCUAUCAUAAAUCACAUUGUUGGCAUAGAUUACCUGGUGUGGCCCAAGGCCCCA